AUGUUGGUGACCCAGGCCUGGAACAGCUCAUCUGUGACCAUGUUCAUCCUUCUGGGAUUCACAGACCAUCCAGAACUCCAAGACUUCCUCUACGUGACUUUCCUGAGCAUCUAUCUCGUGACCCUGGCCUGGAACCUGGCCCUCAUCUUUCUGAUCAGAGGCGACGCUCAUCUGCACACACCCAUGUACUUCUUCCUCAGCAACCUGUCCUUCAUUGACAUCUGCUACUCUUCCACCGUGGCUCCCAAGAUGCUCACUGACUUCUUCCAGGAGCAAAAGACCAUAUCGUUCCUGGGUUGUGCCGCUCAGUUUUUCUUCUUCGUUGGCAUGGGUCUAACCGAGUGCUUCCUUCUGACAGCUAUGGCGUAUGACCGGUAUGCAGCCAUCUCCAGCCCCCUCCUCUACACCACCCUCAUGUCCCAGGGCCUCUGUGCACGCAUGGUGGUCGGGGCAUAUAUGGGUGGCUUCCUGAGCUCCCUGAUCCAGGCCUGCUCCAUAUUUCGGCUCCACUUCUGUGGACCAAAUGUCAUCAACCACUUCUUCUGUGACCUCCCACCAAUCCUGGCACUCUCUUGCUCCAACACCUUCGUCACUCAGGUGGUGAAUUUCCUCGUGGUGGUGGCAGUUGGAGGAACGUCAUUUCUCAUCCUCUUGGUCUCCUACAGCUAUAUAGUAUCUGCUGUCGUGAAGAUCCGCUCGGUGGAAGGCCGGUGCAAAGCCUUCAACACGUGUGCCUCGCACCUGACAGUGGUCACGCUGUUGUUCGGGACGGCCCUGUUCAUGUACCUGCGACCCAGUUCCAGCUACUCCCUUGGCAGGGACAAGGUGGUGUCUGUGUUUUACUCCCUGGUGAUCCCCAUGCUGAACCCCCUCAUUUACAGUCUGAGGAACAGAGAGAUCAAGGACGCCCUGUGGAAGGUGAUGGGGAGGAAGAAAGUAUUCUCUUAG